AUGGUGGCCUUGGAGCUUGCCCGGGUGGCCGAGCGAGCUGAGCGCUACGAUGACAUGGCCGAGUACAUGAAGGAACGUGCCAUGACAAUGGAACCUUUGAACAGCGAGGAAAGGGACAUGUUCUCCGCAGCGUUUAAGAAUGCGCUCACUGAUCGACGAGUGGCAGUGAGAAUAGCAGUUCAAGUCUACUCUCAGGAGCUCAGCGAGGGGUCUGCGGAGAGAGCAAGCUUGGCAAACGGUUACAAGACCAGAGUUGAGAAUGAACUCCAAGACAUUUGUAAAAAGGUGCUUCACCUGCUGGAGAAAGUGCUGUUGCCCUCUGCCGCUGCUGGUGAGGCCAAGACCUUCUACCUGAAGAUGCAGGGUGACUACUGCCGCUACCUGGCAGAGUUUUCCACGGGCGAUGCGUUGGAGAAGUACAGUCGAAUGGCGGCUGAAGCUUACUCCAAUGGGAUGCGGGAGGCCUUGGCCCUCCAUGAAGUGCACCCCGUUCGCUUGGGCCUGGCCCUCAACUUCUCGGUCUUUCAGCACGAGGUGCUGCACAACACGGCGGCAGCUCUAGACCUUGCGAACUCUGCUUUGCACAGUGCGCAAGCAAACUUGGAUUCCAUUUCCGAGGACAGCCAGAGUGACGCAUUGCUGACAUUGCAGCUGCUGGCGGCCGCCCUCUCAGCCGGCAGCGGCAUAGAAGACAUGCUCAAGACGAGGAUGAAGGAAAAGGUGGGGGAAGACAAGGACAUGGAGACUUUGAUCGCCGUGGUGGCCGUGCAGAAGGCACAUGAGGAAGAGCUUGGAGACCAGGGGCCAGUGGUGUCGCAGGCACAGAGCACGGUGAGAGCCUGCGCGACUUACAGUCAGGGCUGUCCAUACCCCCAGCAGCCGCAGCCCUUUUUGAGGGAGGCAAGACAUCCAAAUGAGCGCACCCCAGCUCAUGCCAUGCAUCGAAUGAAUCCAGGUUCCACGCAGCUCCAGCCGUGCUCGCAGAUGCCGCAGCUGACAAUGCCCCAUGUGAAUCAGACCAAUCAGCAGAUGCAGCCAUUCCUGGCCACCCCAAGCCCAGUUCCAGUGGGGACGUCUGACGAAGUUGCCAUGGGCUAUGCAUAUUCACGUGAUGACAUUGUGCCACACAUUCGCGAGGCAUGUAAGGCCAGCGACGUGUCGAAGGCUAUUGGCUUCCUCCGCAACAUAGAGGAUGAGAAGCGCCAGGUGGCUUUGCCACUGGUACUGGAGGACUUUAAGUGCAUUUUGAACGCCGCAUCAAAUCCUGCGGAGGAUCAAGUCAAGGUGAGCCCCAUCGAUGUGUCAGAGAUUGCCUAUCAAUUGGCAAAGCUGCAGACACCAGCUGGAUCUCCCCAAGUCACGCAGAAUAUCGACGACCUGCUGAAGUCCGUGUCCGAGAUUGCCAAGCACCAUGCACCUGAGCUCACGCCCCACGCCAUCUCUCGGCUGGUAUGGGGCUUCGCCACCCUCGCACAACGGAAUGACUCACUCAUGUCUGUCGUGGCAGCUGAAGUCGUAAGGAAGAUUGACAGUUUCCAGCACCAAGAGCUGGCUAACACUGCCUGGGCAUUUGCGAAGGUUGGUCUGUGGAAUGACACUCUCGCUCAGAGACUUGCGGGCCAAUGCGUGGACAAGAUGGACACCUUCACCACGGAAAGUUUGUCCAAUGUGGCCUGGGCCAUGGCGCAGUGGGGCUCCAAGCAGGAGACUCUGCUGCAAAAGAUGGCAGACGCGCUUUGCAGUAAGCGGGAUACCUUGACUCCGGUCUCCAUGUCUAAGAUUGCCUGGGCAUUCUCGACUCUGAGCUACAAGUCCGUGAAUCUGAUGAGUCUCAUCGCCGCCGAGUCAACAAGGCAGAUGUCGCAAUUCUCCAUGAAGGAGCUCGCCAAUCUGGCUUGGGCAUUUGCCAACCUGCGGUUGCAGAACGAGAAACUGUAUGAUGCGAUGGCGGAUCAGCUCAGUACCAGGCGAGAUGACAGGAUGCAACCGUCAGAGGUUGCCAAUAUCGCAUGGGCCUUUGCCAAGAACUUCCGCACCAAGGAAGGCAUCAAGGAAGGCCACAUCAUGAGGCGCUUGGCUGACGAGGCUUUGCCGCAGAUUGGUAGCUUCAAAGCAGCUGAGAUCACUAUGCUUACAUGGGCCUUUGCUGUGAGCUCGGUUCCUCAUCCUGAUCUGAUGCGAGAGAUUGGGGUCAAGGUGGCCAAGCGUUGCGAGAAGUUUGCUGCGGCUCAGCUGGUGCACGUGGUUUGGGCAUUUGGUGCUCUUUCCAUGAGGCAAAAGGACCUUUGUGAUGCAGUGGCUACUAGUUGCAGGCGAGACAUGAAGCUCUUCACGGCCAAUGGCCUGGCCCAGAUCAUUUGGGGCUUCUCCAUGGCGCAGUACAGGGACACAGCCUUCAUGCACGACGCGGAGCCUGUGAUCAUUGAAGGCAUUUCCUCUUUGAAGCCCUUGGCCCUCUAUCGAGUUGUAUGCUCGUACGAUGACCUAGCGGUGCACAGCAGCAAACUCAAGGAGGACGAAGCGCUGAAGAAGCAAGAGGAGUUCUCUUUGAAGGGACUCAGCCGAUUGCUGGAGUGCUACACAACGUGUGCAAAGCCGGCAAGCCAGGAGAGCGCUGGAGAAAGUCCUGGACAAGCGACUGGGUACGGUGGCGACCUUCCUGGGGGACGCCCUGAGGCCAGAGACCAAAGACACAGAAAAGCAACGUCUCCUGGAGCAGCUGGAGUCGAUGGGCAUCCGGGAGCUGCGAGCGCCAGGCAUGAAGUCUGUGUUGGCAAAGCUGGACAUUGGCAUGCCGGGCUGGACGUUCGUGUCCGAGUGCCUGAAAAAGGCCCCGCACUGGCGGCCCAGAAACUGGGUAAGGGCACAAAUACAGUUGCACGGCCUAGACGAGGCAGGCUCCACAGAGUCGUUUGA